UCAGACGUGCUGGAGCGUGUAAACGGUAAAAACGCGCGUGACUCCAAAAAUCGUAAAAAUUUCAUUAGGAAUGAUUCACGGUGAAAUGUCGUUAUUAAUUGAAGUUGGGGUGGAAGAGUUGGACACGCGUGAUCUUAUCCAGCAAACAAGUUUUUAAAGCACGCAAAGAUGUUGAAGUACGGUUUUAAAAUUAAGUAAUUUUUAAAUAUGUCCGAAAAAGUCUACUAUAAAGCGACUAUCGUGUACAAUAAUGUUACUUCGUCGACAACGCGCGUCGACCACAAAGAAUAUGACAAUAAGGAUGAGUUUAAUAAUUGGUGGGGCCUUUUGGCGUUGGUCCUUGUCAUUGGUACGGCAGCCGGUAACAUACUCGUGUGUCUCGCAAUAACAUGGGAGAAGCGGCUGCAAAAUGUUACAAACUACUUUUUAAUGUCAUUGGCCAUUACAGAUCUUAUGGUUGCCAUUUUAGUAAUGCCGUUAGGCAUUUUAACAUUAGUACGCGGGCAUUUUCCGCUUCCUUCAAUCUACUGCCUGGCGUGGAUUUGCCUCGACGUCCUUUUCUGUACGGCGUCUAUAAUGCAUCUGUGCACGAUAAGUGUUGACAGAUAUCUUUCUCUCAGUUACCCGAUGAAGUUUGGACGUAACAAAACGAAAAAAAGAGUAACGCUCAAAAUUAUCAUCGUCUGGCUACUCUCGAUAGCAAUGAGUCUACCGUUGAGCCUUAUGUACUCCAAAGAUCAAGAUUCCGUUUUAGUGGACGGAACAUGUAAAAUACCGGAUCCGCUGUACAAAUUUAUAGGAUCCAUCGUAUGUUUUUACGUUCCUCUUCUGGUGAUGCUCGCGACAUACGCGCUCACCGUUCGGCUAUUGGCACAACAAAGACAGAACGUUGGAACAACGGGAUGGUCGAGUGGAUGGUUAGGAGGACCGCCAGCUUUGGAUCGCAAAUGCACAUGGCGACGACUACUAAAUCCGACAAAAGCUCGUCCGAUGACCCCUCAGCACGGUCACUCGGCCACAUCAACGGACACGGAAUUAACAACGAUCGACACGCACGAGUUGUGGAUCCAAGAAACUGAACCUACACCUUGUGCCAUGUCGGCUUUGGGACAAUUCGGCGCGGAAAUGCUCAAAUUAUCGAGAGGUCUCGAAGCAGCCACAUCAUCCGAUGUGAAUACACUUUCAAUCCAUCAACAGGGUGCAUCUAAAACUAGUUCCGAAAAUCGUAGUAUGGACAGUCUAUCGGGGUCACAUUCGUCUCUCAGUCACGACCAAUCGUCACCAUGGACGAUAAAAAGAAGACGAGCUUCGACGUUUCACGAAGGAGAUACGAGGGACGAAUCUCCGUACCCACGAUGGCGAAGACGAGGGUCAAGUUUUCACGAAUCAAGAACGCGAGAUGUCGAGGUCAUCAGUAUGUCGGAAACGUCCGAAAGUGUGUCGUACCCCUUACCGCCGCCAUGCACGUGUCCGUACUUCGGAGAUAAAUCUCCGGUACCGAAAACGACCGAAGUGAAAAUAGUAUCAUCCGAUCAACUCGACGUUGAAGAACACAAAUCCUCAUUACCCUAUUUAAAUAAGAAGCAAUCGACGAUGAAAAACACCCCCAGUACAGUUUUGGUGACGUGGGAGGCGGGAAAGCGAUCGUCACGACGAGGCUCCAGUUUCGGAAAUACGCGUAGCUCAGUAACUUCAAGUCCCCGCACGCCUUUGCUACGACGAUCCGCCACGACGCGAUACCCCUCAAGCAGGAGUCCUGGGCUGCAAGACCGCAAAAAGAAUCCAUCGUCGCCUUGCUUACAACGAUACACCUACAGCAACGGAGGCAGUAUACGAAGCACCCCCAUUCGAACUCAUCAUAGUCGAAACUCGAGCGUGAUUUCGCGAAAUUCCUCUCGGCACGGACGGAUUAUACGUCUCGAACAGAAAGCGACCAAAGUGCUUGGUGUGGUUUUUUUUACGUUCGUCAUACUAUGGUCGCCAUUUUUUGUUUUAAACUUACUACCGAUAAUAUGCGAAGAGUGCGAAAGUCGCAUCGACGACUCCGUCUUUCAAUUUGUGACCUGGCUCGGAUACGCAAGUUCAAUGGUCAAUCCGAUCUUCUACACAAUCUUCAACAAAGUGUUCAGACAAGCUUUCAAAAAAGUGUUAACAUGUCGGUAUCGAAAUCGAACUUGGAGGCCAAACAGGUGACAAGUCAAGACGAACGUAAAUAUGUGUUGCUUAUAAUAAGACCCUAAUCAGUAUUUUUAUACAACUUUAAAUCACCCUUCUUCCAAAUUCAAAUUUUUGUUGUAUAUUGUCAAAAAAGGCACUGAUCAAUAAUGUGAUAACGUAGAGCUUAGUUAAAACAAGGUUCUCAGAACCACAAUGGGGAAAAACAUGCUUCAAUAUUACUAAAACCUAGUUAAAAUACAUGUUUAUAUGUUGUAUCAAUUACAAAUGUUAACCAUAUAAGUAUGUAGAAAGUAAUGAGAAAAGAGUGGAAAAACAAAAUACAUAUCGAAAUAAUCUCGAGUUAAUUUAAUCUUUUACAUCUCGGCAAAUCCUUACAUAUUGGAGUUCUAUUUCAAUAUUUGCUGAUCGAAAAGGCGGAAAAUGAAAACUAUUGUAUUCAGACUUCAAUUUAUCUAGACUUUUCGAAUAUUUUAAAUUAAUAUUUUCUCGGGUGGGAUAGCGAAUUUUUUGUUAUACACAU